GUAAAGAUAGGUACUGAAUGAUAAUGAUUUGCAUACACUUAUAUACAAAGGAUAAAUUGGUAUCAAUCAAUUACUCAUUUCUAGAUUGUCAGGUAUGCAUUUAUUGGAUGCACUCUCUGUUGCCAAUUUUCAUAGUCCUGAUGCUUAGAUUAAAGAACAUUUGUUUAAAACAGCAAAAUAAAACUAUAAAUCUGAUUAAGAAUUCCCAAAAUUAAUUUAAAGAUAUGAAUUAACACAUGCAAUAAUAGAAAGUGAAUCUCUUAAUGCAAAAGUAAAUUUUAAUCACAAAUUAAUUUUUAGUAAUAUAUUUCCCUAUAUGCAACCAUAAUGAAAACUAAGAUUAAGGAAUUCUUUACAAAUUAGAAAUAUCAAUUAUUUUGUAAUGUUUAUGUUCCUCCAAAAUAUACAAGAACAUUAACGAUAUUUUGUUAUAGUCAAAUUUUAACAGGAUAUUUAGCUUUAGUUACGACUGAUUAAAUGAAUACAUUAAUUGCUAUGGAAGAAAUGAUGGCUUAGAUAGAUUAAUAAUAAUAAGAGAAUUUCUAUUCAUUUGAUUAGAUUUUUGAAGAUGUAAAUUUAAGUUUAAAAUUUAGAAUAUAGUAUCUUAAAUAAAUAUUACACCUGAAAAGGAUUAGUAAAAAUUGGUUAGAAGACAUAAAAAGUCAUUAUCAGAACAUUAAAUUUUUGAUUUUUAAAGAGAAUAAAAGGAAUAAUAAAUAAUUAAUUAAAUUUAAUCUCUUCCUUAGGAUAAAGCAUGUAAGAAUAUAAAAUCAUAUUAGUGUUUUUUUCUCAAACAAAGUAAUAAACUUUUAUCUAAGAUGAUUAUUAGUUUCCCUCUUUAGAUUAAAUAAAUUCAUUGAAAAGCUUUCCUAUUUAAGAUGAUAAGAAAAAACUAGAAUAAUAAUAAUAUCCAUAAUAAUAAUUAUAUAUUUAAUAGAGAUUUGAGGAAGGAAUACCAAAUAUUGAUGAUUUAGAAUUCUUUCCACCUUUGGAUUUAGUAUCAACUUCUAGUUGUUCUUUGAUGAGUAAUAAAUUAUAGAUGACAGAUUAAAAAAAGUUAUAAAAUAAUCCAAUUUAUACUGGAAGAUUGAAGUUUUUUGAUGAAUAAAAGAAUUAUGGUUUUAUUGUUAUGGAUGAAGAUAAAUCUGAUAUAUUUGUUCAUUUAGAUGAUUUAUAAAAGGCUGGAGUAACAAAAGAGAUUUUAAAAACUUCAAAAUAAGGUUCAUUAUUAAGGUAUUAUAUAAUGUAAUUUAGGUUUUAAUUUAAUUGUAUGGUAUAUGUUGGGAAAUACAAAAAAUCAAGAAAAGCUGUUGAAUUGAAAUUACUAGCAAAUUAAUAGGUUAAUAACUUUAAGGGAAUUGCCUGA